GUUUGGCUCUUGUGCGGGGAAGACUGGUUUUUUUACUGCAUUCAGUUGAAUAACUUUGCCGUGAUUAUUUUUUUAUUGCAAAGAGUUGAUAAACGAGCUCUUUUGUGAGCAUUGAAAAGACUUGUAUCACGUCGAUUGAAUAGACUGCAAUUAGUGGAAUAAUCGAAAUAAAAAAGGUUUCAUUGAAAGUGACGAAUGUUGAAAGAAGAUUCAGAACACCAGUGAUAAUAUAAACUGAAAAAAGCUAAAGAGUGCAUUGACUAUCGAAGAACUAAAAAGUGAUUCUGUGAUUUCGUGCCGACGGAGCCUUGUAUUAAGAUGAUUAACCACAGUAUGGCCAGUUUGACCCAUCCGCACUAUGGAUUCUCGCUCGGAGGCCAGAUGGAUAUGCCGCUGGCAGGAGAUUACGCCCCACAGCCGAAUCACAGCCCAGGAAGUGUUGAUGUAAAGCCUCGCCUUAGCUUUCCACCGACUUCGCUUGCCGGGUUCCAAACCCACACGCCCACACACCAUGGAUCGCAGCAAACUUCUCCCGGACAGGACGGACACAUCAAGCGUCCAAUGAAUGCCUUCAUGGUUUGGUCUCGACUCCAGCGCCGUCAGAUAGCUAAGGAUAAUCCAAAAAUGCACAACUCAGAAAUCUCCAAGCGCCUGGGAUCAGAAUGGAAGCUACUGUCCGAAGCUCAGAAGCGUCCGUUUAUCGACGAAGCAAAACGACUUCGUGCCAGCCACAUGAAGGAGCAUCCAGACUACAAAUACCGCCCACGUCGCAAACCGAAGAAUCCGUUGGCCAACGCAGCGAACGGUCUACCGCUCAGUAUGCAGCAAGCCGGCAAAGCUACCCUCGGAUCAUCCUAUCCCUUCCCGCAACUCCCACCAUACUUCGCACCGACUCAUCAUCUUCAGCAGCUGGAACAGCACUACUCAGUCCCAUACUUUGGCGGAUUUGACCCGCUGACCCUAUCGAAACUGCACCAGUCACAGCAGAGUAUGCAUAACUCCUCACAGUCCGGCCUGGAAGCACAGAAAACCCAACAGAUGCCACCGACCUCGCUGAGUUCGUUCUACUCCAACAUCUACAGUGGAAUCUCGGCAGCAGCCGCCGCCGCGCCACUGUACGCCGCUCAUUCCAACAGCCUGUACAACACGUCCGCGUCAUCCGCCUCGCCCGGAUCCAGUCCCAGUGCAUCGCAGCAGUCCAGCGUACUACCCGAUAUCGAAAACUCGAUGCGACGGCCCGUGCAGGUCAUCUACUGAAGUGUUGCUUGAGUUCCGUUUCUAGCCCCGAUUCAGUUACAGUGAUCGCGUAUCUCAGCAUUAGCAGUAUUUUGUAGUUCAGUUUCGAAACUAUGUUACAUUACCAGCGAAUGGGCAAACCCGACUCCGCGUGUACAUAUUAGUGGUUAUGAUUGAUGAAGGAAGAAAGGUGAUGACGCACCCGUUCGCCAGGAGGAGGAAGCGUGCUACAAAUUUAAUUUAUUCAUGUGAAAUUUUCGAUAAGUAAUAGCGACAAAAAGGAACGAUACCCCUCACAUCGUAGUAGGAAUUUUUAUUAUUAUUUCUCAGCACGGACCGAUUCUGUACCGAAUGUUCUUACUGUAAAUAGCCAGAGAUUUAUCGUGAUGAUGUGCUGCCGGCGAACGUUUCGAGAGAGGUACGUGUGCCUCAACACGGAUUAGUCUUCACGGGAUCGAAACAUACGGUCAAAUGGUGUGUACUGAUAAAUAGAACAAAUAGGUUAAUAAUUGCUGUAAAGACUAUCUUAAUGUUAGUUUCGUUUUAUGUUUGUUUUUUUACGAUAGUAACAAUUGGUUUCCAAUAGAUUACAUUCCAGAAGUGGAAUUUGAGAUUAUUUUUUUAUCUCAGAAUAAACCAGGAUUAGGAUUCCUUUGUUCGUUAGGCUAACCAGGACAAGCAUGAAGGAUACAAGCUUUAUACUCCUAUUAUCGUGUAAUGUUACGAAGCGGAUAUCAUUAGUGGGAACGACUCAGCCGAUCUUAUCGAUUAUUCCAAUACUGUAACAGAAUAUUUUUAUUUGUUAUUAAUUAAAAAAAACUUCGAUUAAACAAAAAGAACUGUAUGAAAAAUAAAACAUUUGACAGAACGAAA